UGCGAGUCCUAAAAAAAUCUGGGCUAAAAAAUGAGUGUUUUACUUAACAAUUUUAAGGACUUGCUUUGGGAGUCCUUAAUACUCUUUAAGGACUCACUUUGCGAGUCCUAAAAACAUGAUGACUUUUAAAGACUCAUUUUGCGAGUCCUAAAAGAGUAUUAAGGACUCUCAAAGCAAGUCCUUAAAAUUGUUAAGUAUAAGAGCAUAAAAACACUCAUUUGUUUCGAAAAUAUAUAAUGGGUUAAAAUACACAUUUUGGAAAUCUAUUUCAGUCACACGCACAAGAUUUUUUUAAUUUAAAUAAAAAAUAAAUUGUGUUAACUAAAAAAGAAUUUAUAUAUUAGAUAUUAGUUUUUUUCAAUUAAAUAAAUAAGAAAAUUUUAAAAUAAAAAAAAAUGAAAAUCAUUUCUCUUUCCCUCUUUUCCUCUAUCUUCCCCGAAACCUCAUUCUCUCUCUCACUGUGUUGCCUCUGGCAGGCCCGAACGGCCAUCGUCCCAUCGCCAGAGUCGUACACGCGCCAGUCCAAUCAAACCGCCGGCCCUCGAAACGUCGACCCCCGCGAGCUCACCACCAUACGCGCUACCCAGGGCUGUCAACCAACGGUCCGAAGCCGUCCGCCUCUUGCACUUUCUGACGGUGACGGGGAAGAGGUGUGGGUCUGGGCUCGUGGUGUUCCUCGUCUCAGAUGCGGGCUCAAUGAUGAAAAUACUACAAGUCUUCUGAUUCCAUCAAAUGUAAAGACGGAUCCAAGAAAUUCACCAAAACCCAGCUCAACGACAACUUUUGCGACUACCCCGAUGGCACCGACGAGCCUGGAACAUCUGCUUGUCCAAAUGGAAGAUUCUAUUGUCAAAAUGCAGGGCAUGCUCCUAAAGUGUUAUUCUACUAGAGUGAAUGAUGGUAUAUGCGACUGCUGUGAUGGGAGUGAUGAGUAUGAUGAUAAAGGGAAAUUCCCUAAUACAUGUUGGGAGGCUGGGAAAGUGGCAAGGAACAAAUUGAUGAAAAAAAUUGUGACUUCAAGAGGGUGUUGCAAUAAGAAAGCAUGAAAUUGAACUAGCAUAAACAACUAUAGCUAAGGAUGAGGCCGAGCUAUCACAACUACAAAAUGAAGAGAAAACACUUAAAGGACUAUAGCUAAGGAUGCUGUGGACGUCCAUGACAGUUUAGCUGCUGAAGCUGAACAUGGUGAUGCUUCCAGAAAGGAAAGGUCCUCAAUUCAAGGUGUAGAACAGGUCUAUAUUGAGAUGCAUUUCUUUGGCGUAAUACUAGACAACAUUGAAAGUUGAAGUUUUUAGAAUAAAAAAUAUAUUUCAUUAACAUUGUAUACAUUUCUUGUUUAAUAUUUGGUGAUGAUAUAAUUUGAUUGUAGAAUAAACUGUCAUGUAAUAUGAUUUUGUAAGCCGAGUAGACUAAAUACUGAAAUGAUAUUUUUGAGUAAUUAAUAAAAAAAUAUUUUGUUGUA